AUUUUAGUGUCUUCCCUUGGUGCUCUUUGGUUAAAUUGUGCAAUUUGUCUAUUUGUAAACUUCUGCGACCUUUUUGCCCGACUGGGGAGUAAACCCUCUCUCGAGUCUCUGGACCUCAGACUUUUCCCGCCUCCCCACUUCCUUCGUCCCGGCGAUGCGGUCGAGUUCUAUGGGCCCAGUGGGUGCGGCAAGACCGAGAUUCUCCUCCACCUGACGAGCAACUGCAUCCUCCCCGAGACCUGGAGGGGGGCAGAGCUGGGUGGCAGAGGGGUGGGCAUGAUCUUGGUGGACACAGACUUCCAGUUUUCCAUGCUGCGGUUGUUCCAGGUCCUGGAGAGCCGGAUAAUAGAUGCCAUGGAACAGAGGAAGGCAGGGAUUGAAAGACCAAAAGAGCCACGAGCUGCAUGCUGUGCAUCAGAUGCAUCAACUCCCAGUGGGAAUGCAGAUCUGAAGACCGAGCCUUCUCGGCCUGAAUUGGGAACCUGUAAAAUGUGCGAGACACAACGUACAACCAGUGAUGGGACCAGUGUGAGUGACCGUACAGAAUUACUCAAUGUUAACAGGAAAAGCUGUUUGUGUGAUGACGUUCAAAUGGGUAAACAGACUGGCAGAAAAAGGACAAGAACUGGCCAGAUCAUAUCAUGCAAUGGUGAAUGCAGUAAAAGGAUAAAAGAACAGGUGGGCAGUGGGGAUCCGGCAGAUGGUGGUGACUGUUUUGAGAUGCCCACGGCUGACCAGAUAGAGGCAUUCAUCAAAACCUGCCUGAACCGGUUCUAUCUGGUCCGCGCCGGCGGAGGGAGCGACCAGCUCGUCGUUACCUUGCACUCGCUGGAGUCGCUCAUCGCCAACAGGCCUGACGUCGGCGUCCUGAUGCUGGAGAAUGUUGGCGCUUUCUAUUGGACAGACAGGAUGAGCGGGAGCGUAGCCUCGGUGCAGGAGGCCAAUCAGCGGAGAGCGGUCGCCGUCAUCAAGCGUCUGAUUGGUGAAUACCAGCUGGUGCUGCUGACAACCAAGCCAGCUCUCAUCCAGCGCGGCCAACGGAGCUACUUCCGGACCGACGAGGACUGUGUCACGCCGACUACACGCUCAAACCCGUCUCACUCAGAUUAUGAACAUCAUGAGUUUAUGUGCAGUGCCUGGAAUAAGCUUAUCACUCAUCGAUUUGUAAUGAAAAGACAUGAACAUGUAGUUCAUGCACACCGUCAAAUAUCAACUCAGUCUCAUUUCACAGCUCUGAGAACUUUACCCACUCCGGGUUAUUUAUGCAGGUUCGCCAUCACAAAUAAGGGUGUUGUGCACCAGUGAAACGUUGUACCAACAAAAUCCAGCAUCUCGGGCUAGUCUUAAUUUCCAGCCACAUUUUCCACGGAACAAGACACUAGCUACAGUUGUUUCAACUUACAGCCAUAUUUCUGACUGAGUAUGACACACUUUUGACCAAAAUAAGGAUGAAUUUCUGACGAACAAAUUCAUGACUUCAAAAAAUAAAUAUUCUGUCAGACAAUUUUAAUAUCUGUUCCCUUUUUUAAAUAUUUGUUUCCAUCUGGCAGAUCAUUUUGUUCAAGCAAAAGCAUGCCUUUCAUUAAAACAUCUCAUGUAACUCCAGUGAAAUUAAACAAAAAAAAGUCAUAUCUAGAUUCUUUAAUCACAAUCAUUCUGAGAAUUUCCACACUGCUCGUUUUGUGUUAAAUGAGCUCUCGUUCAGAUUCCUUUAACACCUUCCACAUCCACUUGUUUCACAGAACGAAUGCAUGUACAUUUAUUUUCUACUUGAAAAGUAAUGCACAUCUAUUUAAAUUCAUACGUGUAGGUUACCAACUCUACAAACUUCACGGUUUACUUCCACAAAGAUGGUAGAGUUCCACAGAGGUCUUGCAAGCCCUUUUCUUGAUCUUUUUAACCCCUUCGCCCCGGGAGAGGGCGAGAGCCGUGGCUUUGUGUGAGGAUUAGUGCG